AUGACUCUGUUACGACUCGCCACAUUGUUGCUUCUUCAUCAAGGAUAUUCUUUGGUUCCAGUGAUCACAGUUGAACUUGGUCAAACUGUCACUUUGACUUGUGCUUUUAGUUUGAAAUAUCAGAACAAAUGGAUUUUCUGGUACAAGCAAAGUCCUGGAGAUACUCUGGAUUUAAUCGUGAUGCAGCAGGGAAUGACAAACCCAAAUUAUGGACCAGCAUUCUCUUCUUCAAAAUUCAGUGUGACAAACUACAGCAGUCUUACAAUUUUCACAACAGUUCAACAAGAUGAGGGAAUGUAUCACUGUGCUCAAAUGGACGCACUUGACUUUAUGUGGAGUGGGACUUAUGUAUCCAUAAAAGGGAUCUCUAAGAGGACAUCAAACUACACAGUUUUUUCACAGCCGACGGUCUCAGAUCCAACAGGCUCAGAGACUCUGCAGUGUUCGGUCCUCUCUGACUCUGAGAACACAACCUGUUCAGGAGAACCCAGUGUGUUCUGGUUCAGAGCCAGAUCAGAAAAAUAUUUUCCCAACAUGAUUUACACUGAAGGAAAAAAAGCUGAAAAUUGUGAGAAGAGACCUGACUCAUCGAAGAAAUGUUUUUACAACUUCUCUAAGAAUAUCAGCUCUUCUGAUACUGGGAUUUACUACUGUGCUGUGGCCACAUGUGGACAGAUACUGUUUGGAAAUGAAAUCAACCAGAGAAAGGGUAAUAGAAAUGAAAACAACAUGCUAGUGGUGACAAUCUGUUUGGUCACUUCUGUAAUUGGUAAUAUUGUUUUCAUUUGCUAUCUAACACAAAGAUCAGCAUGUCAACGCUAUAAAGAAAGCUCUUCACAGAAAAGAAACAACUUUAGCCAAGUAGUAAAUGAUACUGAAGCUGGACCUGAUCUGAACUACGCUGCGUUACAUUUCUCUGAGGGGAGAACAUCAAGAGCAAAGAAGAAAGAGUUGAUGACUGAAUGUGUUUAUUCACAGGUUAAAGGACCAGCCUGAAUAUAUGCAUCAGCUUGUAAAGAA